CCAGUAGAUUCGCCGGGCUGACUCAACCCGGGAACGUUGGUCUUCUGAAGCUCCCGCCGCGAAAUGAUACCCUCCCUCACGGGGUUGUGAAUUUUUCUCGCUGGCACAGCUGUUUCAGUGAUCGAAAAGUUCUGUUGUUUGUUGCUUAAUCCGCGCAGCUGCUCUGUCUCACCAAAGGUUUGGCCACCGAGAAUAUUCCACCCGCACGAAGAAACGAACAAUGGCGGGACCAUCAUCACCCGAGAGCUGCGCGACCAUCGCUGAAUGGCGCGCCCAGGCGGAGGCCAUGAAGGCCGCCGUUGCAGGGUUAGACACGAGUCGCAGCGUCGAGUACACGGAUGGGUCAGACUGGGACGACGAUGAGAUUGACCAGACAUACGAGCCCCGAGACGGGCCCCGCGAUGUGUGGGACUUCAUCUCGGACGACGAGCUGGACGAGCUCGAUUUUGACAGCGGCGAUAUGUUUGACGGCGUGGACGGCGGGACACCCGUCGUUUUCGAUGCUCACUGGUUGGCCUCGAGAUGUGUCGAGCUCUCCUCGCGCAAAUCCGGUUUCUCGCCCACCGCCCUGCAAGACCAGAUCAUGGACAUCCUGGGCACCAGCAGGCCCGAGGGCGAGCUCCAGUCAUUAUUGACGGAUUUAGUGGGGUUUGACGACCUGGACUUCAUCAUCGACCUGGUCUCUCACCGGGCCGAGAUCGUCGCUUCCGUAGCCUCGGAGAGCCUACGCGACGAGUCGACCGGCCAGGCGCCGAGGCUGUUGACCAAGGCUCAGAGGCAGGAGGCUCUCCGACGCAGGGAUCUCGAGCACAAAGCCGCCCCCCUGGCCGCGGCCCGCGAAAAGGAGGAGGAGUACCCGUACGUCUACAAGACGUACAGCGCCGGCAACACGCUGAGUCACACCGGUGCCAAGUACAAGCUGCCCGUGGGAAGUCAGCGGUUAGAGUUUGAGAAGUACGAGGAGUAUGUGGUACCGGCGGGGAAAAAGGGCACCCUCUGGCCGGGCCAGAAGCUCGUCAAGAUCUCCGACAUGGACGGUCUGUGCAGGACCACCUUCAAGGGCUACAGGACGCUCAACCGCAUGCAGAGCCUGGUGUACCCGGUUGCUUACAAGACCAGCGAGAACAUGCUCAUCUGCGCCCCGACCGGCGCGGGCAAGACGGAUGCUGCCAUGUUGACCAUCUUGCACACCGUCGGCCAGUAUCUGACUCCGAGCCCCUUCGAGGACCAUCUGGCCACCGAUUUUGCCGUGCAGGCCGAGGACUUCAAGAUCGUCUACGUCGCGCCCAUGAAGGCCCUGGCGGCGGAGAUCACCGAGAAACUGGGAAGACGGCUGGCCUGGCUCGGGCUGCGCUGCCGCGAGUACACCGGCGAUAUGCAUCUGACAAAGUCGGAGAUUGUACAGACGCAGAUUAUCGUUACGACGCCUGAGAAAUGGGACGUCGUGACGAGAAAAGGGACUGGCGAUACUGAGCUGGUGCAAAAGGUACGGCUGCUCAUCAUCGACGAGGUCCACAUGCUCCACGACGAGAGAGGCGCCGUGUUGGAGUCGCUGGUGGCCAGGACGCAGCGGCAGGUCGAGAGCACGCAAUCCAUGAUUCGCAUCAUCGGGCUCAGCGCUACGCUCCCAAACUACGUCGAUGUAGCCGAGUUCUUGGGCGUUAACAAACGGACCGGGCUGUUCUACUUCGAUGCCUCCUUCCGACCAGUCCCGCUCGAGCAACACUUUAUCGGGGUCAAGGGAAAGCCGAACAGCAAGCAAUCACGGGACAACCUCGACCAGGUCGCCUUCGAAAAGGUGCGCGAGAUGCUCGAGCAGGACCACCAGGUCAUGGUGUUCGUCCACUCCCGGCGAGACACUCAGGCGACCGCCAAGAUGCUGUACGAGAAGGCGACUGAUGACGCCUGCGUCGGCCUGUUCGACCCCUGCGGCCACGAAAAGUACGAGCAGGCCAUGAAGGAUGUCAAGUCAACCAAGGCCCGCGAGAUCCGGGAUCUCGUGCCUAAGGGUCUGGGUAUCCAUCACGCCGGCAUGGCGCGUUCAGACAGGAAUCUCAUGGAGCGCCUGUUUGCCGAAGGCGUCAUCAAGGUCCUCUGCUGUACCGCCACGCUGGCUUGGGGUGUCAACUUGCCGGCUGCCGCGGUCGUCAUCAAGGGGACGCAGGUGUACAGCGCCCAGGAUGGCAAGUUUGUCGACCUGGGCAUCCUUGACGUGCUCCAGAUCUUCGGUCGUGCCGGUCGUCCGCAGUUUGAGGACGUCGGUAUCGGUAUGAUCUGUACCACCCACGACAAGCUUGCCCAUUACCUCACGGCGGUGACGGAGCAGCUUCCUAUCGAGUCCAGGUUCUCGAGCAAGCUCGUCGACAACCUGAAUGCAGAGAUUGCCUUGGGCACCGUCAACUCGAUAAACGAUGCUGUGAAGUGGAUCGGGUAUUCGUACCUCUUUGUGCGCAUGAAGAAGAACCCCAUGGCAUACGGCAUCGAGUGGGCCGAGUUUAACGACGACCGCUCCCUCGUCCAGCGGCGACGGAAGCUGGCCAUCGAGGCGGCGAGGACGCUCCAGCAGUGCCAGAUGAUCAUCUUCAACGAGCCCACCGAGGAGCUGCGCAGCAAAGAUAUCGGCCGGAUCGCCAGCCAGUACUACAUUCAGCAUACCAGUAUACAGAUCUUUAACUCGCUCAUGAGGCCUAAUUCUGAGGAGAAGGAUAUUCUGAAGAUGAUCGCCAUGAGCGGCGAAUUCGACAACAUCCAGUCGAGAAACAACGAGGCGGAUGAGCUGACCAAGAUGAGGCAGAACGAUGACUUCGUCCCCUACAAGGUUGAUGGGGGCAUCGAUCAGGCGCAGACGAAGACCAACAUUCUGCUGCAGGUCUACAUCUCGAGGGGCCAGCCGGAGGAUUUUGCUCUAACCAACGAUUUGAACUAUGUCGCCCAGCAGGCCGGGCGUAUCUGCAGGGCCCUGUUUAUGAUUGCGCUGAAUCGGCGAUGGGGCUACCAAUGCUUGGUAUUGUUGACACUGGCGAAAUCCAUCGAGAAGCGUAUAUGGAUGUUCCGGCAUCCGUUCCAUCAGUUUGAUCUUCCAAAGCAUGUUCUCAAGAAUCUGGAGGCGAAAGACUCGCUGUCGAUCGACUCCUUGCGGGAGAUGGAGCCCGCGGAGAUUGGAAAUCUCGUCAACAACUAUCGGAUGGGGACCAAGAUUGCGAAGCUCCUCGACAACUUCCCAACGCUGAGCGUCGAGGCUGAGAUCGCGCCCCUGAACCGGGAUGUCUUGAGGAUCAAGCUCUACAUCACCCCCGACUUCCGCUGGAACGACCACCUUCAUGGGACAUCCGAGUCGUACUAUAUCUGGGUCGAGAACUCGGAUACCUCCGAGAUAUACCAUCACGAGUUCUUCAUCCUCAACAGGAAGAAGCUACACGAUGAUCAUGAGCUCAACUUCACCAUUCCGCUCUCCGACCCGCUCCCGGACCAGAUCUAUGUGCGGGCUGUGUCAGAUCGCUGGCUCGGCGCCGAGACGGUGACCGCCGUCUCGUUUCAACAUCUCAUUCGUCCUGACACGGAGAGCGUCUACACGGACCUCCUCAAUCUGCAGCCGCUGCCCAUCACGGCGCUCAAGAACCAGGCUCUGGAGGAGAUCUACGCUAAGCGAUUCCACUUCUUCAACCCGAUGCAGACCCAGCUGUUCCACACGCUGUAUCACCGGCCGGUGAACGUCCUCCUAGGCUCGCCGACGGGGAGUGGCAAGACGGUUGCCGCUGAGCUCGCCAUGUGGUGGGCCUUCCGCGAGCGCCCCGGUUCCAAGGUCGUCUACAUUGCGCCCAUGAAGGCGCUCGUGCGCGAGCGCGUCAAGGAUUGGGGGACACGGCUCGCUCGGCCUCUGGGCUUGAAGCUGGUAGAGUUAACAGGCGACAAUACGCCCGAUACGCGGACCAUCGAGGAUGCCGACAUCAUCAUCACGACGCCCGAGAAGUGGGACGGCAUUUCGCGCAGUUGGCAGACCAGGAGCUACGUCCGGAAGGUCAGCCUCGUCAUCAUUGACGAGAUCCAUUUGUUGGCGGGAGACCGUGGUCCGAUUCUGGAGAUCAUUGUUUCUCGCAUGAACUACAUUGCCUCGUCCACCAAGAAUGCUGUCAGGCUGCUGGGCAUGUCGACAGCGUGCGCGAACGCCACGGACCUAGCCAACUGGUUAGGUGUCAAGGAGGAGGGCUUGUUCAACUUCCGUCACUCGGUCCGCCCGGUCCCGCUGGAGCUCUACAUCGACGGGUUCCCCGAAGUCCGGGGCUUCUGCCCACUGAUGCAGUCGAUGAACCGGCCCACUUUCCUGGCUAUUCUGAACCACAGCCCCGAGAAACCGGUCAUCGUGUUUGUUCCCUCUCGUCGGCAGACGCGUCUGACGGCCAAGGAUCUUAUCAACCUCUGCGGGAUGGAAGACAACCCGCGGCGCUUCCUCCACAUGGAUGAGGACGACCUCCAGCUGAACCUCUCGCGGGUCAAGGAUGAGGCGCUCAAAGAGGCCAUCAGCUUCGGUAUCGGUCUGCAUCACGCAGGUCUGGUCGAGUCGGACCGCCAGAUUGCCGAGGAGCUCUUCUUGAACAACAAGAUCCAGAUCCUCAUCGCCACCAGCACCCUUGCCUGGGGUGUCAACCUUCCGGCCCAUCUCGUCGUCGUAAAGGGGACUCAGUAUUACGAUGCCAAGAUCGAGGCGUACAAGGACAUGGACCUGACCGAUGUGCUGCAGAUGCUCGGCCGGGCCGGCCGGCCGCAGUUCGACGAUUCGGGCGUAGCCCGCAUCUUCACUCAGAACUCCAAGAAGGACUUUUACAAACAUUUCCUGCACACGGGUUUCCCGGUCGAAUCGUCGCUCCAUACAGUGCUUGAUAACCAUUUGUGCGCCGAGAUUUGCGCCGAGACUAUCGUCACGAAGCAGGACGCGCUGGACUAUCUGACAUGGACCUUCUUCUUCCGGCGCCUGCACAAGAACCCGUCCUACUAUGGGCUCGAGAUCUCGGCGGAGGAGCAUAACUCGACCACUGCGCAGCAGCUGGCGAACGAGUUCAUGAUAUCCAUGGUUGAUGCUUCUCUGGCCGAGCUCACCGAGUCCAAAUGCGUGGAGGUCUACCCCAACGGGGAUGUCGACCCAACACCGCUCGGCAAGAUCAUGAGCUAUUACUACCUCUCCCACAAGACGAUUCGACACCUCGUCCGCAAAGCCAAGCCCCGAGCUUCCUUCCUCGAUGCCUUGACUUGGAUGUGCCGCGCGACCGAAUACGACGAGCUGCCCGUUCGGCACAACGAAGACCUCAUCAACGCCGAGCUUUCCCGCAACCUCACCUUUCCGGGCACAGCCUUUGGCCUGCCCAUGUGGGACCCGCACGUCAAGGCGUUCCUCCUGCUGCAAGCACACAUGUCGCGCAUCGGGCUACCCAUCACCGACUACGUCGGCGACCAGACCAGCGUCCUCGAUCAGGCCAUCCGCAUCAUACAGGCCAGUAUCGACGUCAUGGCCGAGUUGGGCUACCUCAGCUCCAUGCUGGAGUUCAUCCGCCUUCUGCAGUGCGUCAAAUCAGCCCGCUGGCCGGACGAGAACCCGGCCUCGAUUCUGCCGGGCGUGGCGGCCGAACCGUUAUCUUCAUCUUCAUCGUCACAGCCAUCACAACCUAAACCCAUCCCCCUUAAAGAAAUCGCCAAGCUAGUCUCCAACCCGAAGCUCCUUGAAAAGCUGGCCCGAGAGCAGCUCGGCGUCCCGCACUCGCAGCUCCCGCGCUUCACCAAAGCGGCCGCCGCCCUCCCCGACGUGAGCGUGGCGGUGGAGGACAUCAAGACGGGCUCGCUGGCCAUCAGCCUGCGCCGGCUCAACCCGGUCACGGAGCGCGAGGCGAGGAUCUACGCCCCGCGAUUCCCUAAACCGCAGACGGAGGGGUGGUUCGUGAUCGUCGGGGAUCUGGCGCGGGAUGAGGUGCUCGCCAUCAAGAGGGUCGGGUGGAGGCCCGGUGGUGGUGGUGGUGGUGGUGGUGGUGGUGGUGGUGGUGGUAAUGGUAAGGAAGGCAGGAGGGCAGUGGUGGAGGUGGGCGAGCGGCCGACGGCGCGGACCGUGGUUCAGGUGCCGGACGUGAAGGAGGGAGAGGAGGAGAAAGGAAGAAAGGUGGACGUUCUGGUGCUGAGUGAUGGCUAUGUGGGCAUGGAGUGGACGUUCGCGGGCGUCGAGUUGCCCGCGGCACCCAAGGUGGAGGCAGGGGUCGUGGAGAAGAAGGGAAGUGCUGGAGGAUGGUCUGGAGGGGGCGAGAGGGCGUAGGUGACUGAGGCGAGGGGAGGUGAGAGGGUGUGGGUGGGAUCGGCAUUUGUUUUCACGAUUAGCGCAUGGAAUCUACCACGAUAUCUGGUUGAUGCCUUGGUGAAAAAAAUAAAAUAUUGGAUGAGGCGCUAUGAACACAGGCUUCUAUGGAACGACGCUGCAGAUUCGCACUACGUUGGAUUUAUGAGAACCUCAGUUCGACACUGAUCGGUCUCUCGGACUAAGAUACUCGACCCUACCGCCCCCCACCCCCUUCAACAAAGUCCCUCCCAACCUACCAUUAUCCUUUUUCAACUUCACCUUUAUCCCUAAGCUGCGAGCCUCCUCAGUCGGCGUUUAAGCCGUCACUUGAACUUGACGAACUAGCCAACUACGGAAGAGCAUGUUUCCCAGGGAGCGGCCGGGAGGUCCGUUCUUUGCGUGUCUUGUGUGCUUCUUGAAGCCGAGACAACACUACCUUGGAGGGGGGAUCAAACCAUCUCCAGGCAGAGAGCGCGACUCGAUCCUUGCCAUCUAGUGUGUUGUUGGAACAUGCAGCGAAUACGCUUCAGCUCAAGCCGCGCGGUGAAGGCGGGACCGUGUGGGCAAGCUAUACCAAGCCCCUAGAAAGGGGGAGGGGGGGUCGGAGAAGGGCAAAUCUCGCUGCUGGUGCUGGUCUCCGCCCUCUCUCGUCGACUCGAAGUUCCCCCGAGGGUUGGAAGGGCAU